AUGGCAGGUAACAAAAGAUCAAGCCAAACAAGUCCGGUAGGAAGUCCAACAUCCGGAAACAUCUCCGACAGUUCAUCCUCAAAAGAACAAGACAGGUUCCUCCCAAUCGCUAACGUGAGCCGCAUAAUGAAGAGAGCAUUACCCGCAAACGCUAAAAUCUCAAAAGAAGCAAAAGAAACCGUUCAAGAAUGUGUCUCUGAGUUCAUAAGUUUCAUAACCGGUGAAGCUUCUGAUAAGUGUCAACGAGAGAAGAGAAAAACGAUUAACGGUGACGAUCUUCUUUGGGCUAUGACAACACUUGGUUUUGAAAACUACGUUGGUCCUUUGAAAGUUUAUCUUAAUAACUAUAGAGAAACUGAAGGAGAAAAGAGUAAUUCUUUGUCAUCAUCUAUGGCUACUACUAAACAAGAUGAUUAUUAUAAUCAUGAUCAUGGUUCUUCAAAUGGUGGAUUUUAUUCUCAAGUUGUUAAUGAUAAUGGUUCAAAGAGGUUUCAAGAGAUUGUGGAUUAUAGAGUGAUUGGUCAAAGUGGUGGUGGUGGUGAAGAAACAGAAAAUAAUGCAAUUGCAAGUGGUAAUAGAAUUAUGCCACCAAACCUACGUUAUAGGGUUGAAUGGUAG